GCUUCACGAAACUUCAUUCGUCGCUCGCUUCGUUACAGAAACGGUCAACCAGCAGUGCCAGUGGUGGAGGAAGAAAAACUUUUUACUACACGAUUUUCCUCAAUCAUUGAUAGAUCUUCGCAGGUUGUGCGUGCGCGGAUCCGUGAUAUUAUCGGUAAAUUACAGACUGUAAUUAAAUGUUCUAAAGGAAGUCGAAGGCUAGCUAGUGUUUUCGCUGUGAAACGUCGUGUGUAGAAAUUUCAUCUCGGGAAGUGGUGACUGAACCAGCAAAAAAUUGGUUGAACAACCAAGACAAAAAGGUGGAAAAUUCUGCUGUCUCGAAGGCUGACGAUGCAAAUUGAUAAAGUUCACGCGAAAUUGAACCUUUUUGGCGACAGUGGAUGAAUAAAAUAGAUGUUCGUGAGUGCCGAGACGCAAGUGCGAAAAGUGUACGCUGUGUUUCAUUUGUGAUAUGAUCUUAGAGCUGGCUUUUCAGAGCACUUGCUGCUAGUUUUGCUCCCCUUUGUGGAAUGGUUAUGCUAUGCCAUCUAUACACUCGGGUGGCAUAACGCAAGCAACCCAGAUAAGAGUUUGGUACGGUGGUGUGUUCCUGUUUGGGGGCUUAUAGUGCUCCGCGCUUUGUGAUUUAUACUUCCAGAAGAAUUCCUAAUCCACCGUUGGGUGGAAGAACGCAGUGGAAACAGCGAAAGAGCGAAGUUAUACAAGUGGAAUUAAGAGUCUGGUUCCAUUCGAAUAACGACUACAGAGCAGAACGGAAAUUAAUUAAAUUGUGGGACACAUGCUUAGUAGCUGCGAUCCGGACGGCACUGGCUAUCGUUGGCUCGGAUAAAGCUGUUCGGGCCCGACAGAAACAACCGCUUAGGCAAAAAACCAUCCGAGAGUGAUUUGCUUUAAGGAAAAAUUUAUUCCAUACAGUCGCGAAGCCACAACAGAUUAGGCGAAGUCUGAUAUUGCUUUUCGUUGGAAAGUGCGCCGUUUCCGUCGGUUUUCUCGGAAACAACUUUUCGAUGACGGAACAAGUUUGCAAAGUAGGUAAAUUGACGACCGUAAUACGAAAGCAUUCGUACAAGUGUACACAAAUCGCAUGAAGCAAGAAAGGAAGUGAUCGGAAAAGUCUAUCCAAAAAGUGGCAGUGAAAGAUGAAAAUCCUAUUAUGUGGGCACCCUCGUGCGUCGCUGUUCCGUCCUCGGUGUAGCAGCAUUCGGAAAUUUUAAUGUAGAUAAGAGAAGCGGUGUUAUGAAUCGGGUUUUAUUACCGUUGUUUACCUGCGUCUCGUUUGGCGAUUGUGAUUGGCGAGGUGAAAUGAUAAUUACGCAACAAGGGGGUUGCUUCUCGACGCCACCGAAGAAUAAUCAGGCUUCAUUAAGCAGUAGCGGCUGCUUCGGUAACAGAGUUUCCUCCCCAGCUUCUUGUGUGUGAAGUGUUUCCACCGAAAUAAAGCAAUCAGCGAGUUUGAACUGAAGGCGACAGGCAAGGUGUGCAAGAAGAAACUGCCGAUUGGCUUUGAGUAAUUGGUUUGACCUCUGAACGUGAAGAAGCGCAACAAUUCGUCGUCUGCCGGUUCGUAGCUACUCAAUCGUGGUGGGUGGAAUCUGUGUUGAAAUAAUUGUAUCGGAGUGAAUGACACUGAUAGGGCCCGGUGCCCCAGGUAUGGCAUUUAUGAUGAAGAAGAAGAAGUACAAGUUUACGGUAGAACUCCAUCUGGAAGAGCUGGUAGAGGUGCCGUUCGUUAAUGCGGUACUGUUCGCGAAGAUACGACUGCUGGACGGCGGAUCCUUCCAUGAACAUAGCAAUAGGGAGGAGGUAAAGAACCAUACUGUUAAAUGGGGCCAAAAGUUUGAGUUUCCCUGCAAGAUGACUUCAAACGCAUCGACUGGAGUGUUGGAUCCCUGCACGGUGCGGAUAUCGGUUCGAAAGGAGAUUAAGGGGGGUAGAAGUUUUCAGAAAUUAGGUUUUAUAGAUUUGAAUUUAGCUGAGUUCGCUGGUUCUGGAUUGACGUCCAGGAAAUGCCUUCUAGAGGGCUACGACACUCGACAUCGUCAGGAUAACUCCAUGUUGAAUGUAUCGAUACGGAUGCACAUGAUUCAGGGUGAUAUUUUGUUUAAAGUUCCUUCACCAAGUCCAAAAUCGAAAACGAUUCCCCAGGACAAUCUGGCUCUUGGUUUACCCCCCACGAACUCUGGAGUGCCGCCCGCGGUAGUGCCAACCGGUGCGGUGGUUGCCAAUCGUGUCUCUACCAAAGACGAUUCUUCAAUUGCUUCCGGUUCGUCUGGAUUCGAUUCACUGACGAAGAAGAAAACGCCUUUAUUGGCAGAGUAUCAACAAUCCUUCGAAUUAGACCCGCAGUCUUUCUUGGUGACCGACUCCGGUAUAUCUGAAUCUUCCGAACCGCCAUCGUCCAUGCUGGACUCCAUUGCCUCCCAGACGACACUCCCAUCCCUGCCAAUGCAUCUAGCGCUCAGCUCUAGCAAUACACAGCAGUGUCCGGUGACCAGCGCAUCUGGAGUGACAACGUGUUCGACGGUGGCAUCCGCAGCAACAACAGCAACGGCGGUGCCUGGCGGCAUCGAAUUGGGCCAUUCCCGUAACUCGAGUAAUACUAGUCAAUUGUCCAAAGGAUCCGGUUACAGCAGUUUCUCGCACAGCCAACAUUCGCGGCAAAGCUCCGAAGGAGACUCUGGACAUCAAAGGUUACGUUCGUCAUUGCAAAUCAAGAGCCAAGAUGAUCCGAAAAAACUUCACUAUUCUUCCGUAGUUAAUGGUAACCGUUUUGUUAAUGCUAAUAAAAAAUUCAUCACCAGUGUCGCCGGUCCCCGAGAGGCCGGGAAAACUGUCAACGGUGGAAGCAACAGCAGCAGCGAUGGAACGCCUACCAAAGUCAUGACGGCCCAUCGGUUGCUCACCAAGCUGAGAAUACCCCAAAGCCCGAACUCCGAUUCGGGGGAUGAGAUUUUUGUUACCCCAGACGCUACUGUCAUGUCGGACGAGGUCGGAUCUAGUGAGGAUCGAACUGACUCCGGGGUUGACGAGUUCGGAACGCCCACGCAAGAGAUACCGCUGGCAAGAUUGAUGAAAAUAAAGAGUAUGAACAAUCUCUCCGCCACAAAGAGCAGUAUCUUUUUUCCGGAGAUUGAGCUCGAGCGUAGUGGAUUGGUGGAAGGCGAUCGCUUUGUAGGAACACCGGGCCAGCAAAAUUUGAGCCGGAUGAAAUCGUUGGGAAACCUUUCAGCCUAUGAACGCGAGUUCGGAGCUACUCCAGUCGAUUUGCUCAAAUUAAAGAAAGAUUUCGAAUUGAGAAGGUUUAGUUUUGCCAAAAUGAAAUCCCUAUCGGAUCUAAAUGACGACAGCGAAGACGUAUUAAUUCAACGGCGGAAACAGGUUUCAAAAGAAACGGAACUUGCCUCACCAUCACCAGUCGAAGAGAAGAAAACAACCUUCCAAAGAAAUGGAAUAGAUUUAUCCAACCGGUUUCAACCGUUUCAAAUGAGGAACUCGUUUCACAGUGGCAUCUAUCGGAAGAAAGCGGGCAUUGGCUAUACACGUUACAUUGGUAUCGAAGACGAUUCGCCUUCACCGCUAACCAAAAUGAACUCCAUUCCCACAUUAAGCGCUACGGAUCGUAUUAAUCCUAAUCCAUUCCUAACGCCCAACAUCAGCCGAAAGCGAUUCUCUUCCUCGAGCAAUAGUCCUGAUGAAAAUGAUCAGUCCCCGGUAGAACUUCGCCAGCUCGCUGUCGACACUGUCGACACGGGUGCCAACUUGCUGCGGGCUCCUUUCGAACGCAACUUCCGCAAAAGUUCCCCUAACGAAGAUUUUCGAGCCGGCCAACCGAUGGCCCCAUUCCGACAGUCGGACAGUAACUUUUACAAUAUUAUCCGCAACUAUCCAAUCGGAAAAUCGUCGUCGGCCAACCUGGAAUGGUUGAAACAUCGUUCAUCGUACAACAAUUUUCCGCUAAGCGUGAAACCGGUUACCACGACCACAUUACCGAAGGAGGGAUUGGCUGGUCCACCACCUUUGGGGCCGAUCUUACCGUCUCAAACAACGUCUACGGCAACAACAACACUGGCUAACCGAACCGCGCCUAGUUCACCUUCUUCUGCGAACCACUACAAUUCUCGUAUCUAUCAUAGAUUCCGAUCACUAGUACGAGUGAUUCUGAAACUAGUCAUUAAAAGACAAUCGAAUCAGUCAGCAAGCGUUAACAAUAGCAAUAGUACGACCAAAUUGAUGAAUAUUUGCGGUUUGCAUCGCCGCUUGCUGGAUGGCAGUACCCGUCAAUUAACCUCACUAACACUAACUGCACCGCUGAUUGGCUCGGCAGCGACACCGGGCGGCGGAUCGUCCCUACCGUCGACCGCCUGUAUCAGUCCCCAGUCGACGACAGUGACGGCUACCGCUGUAGAUCAUGAUGCAGGCCGAGCGGCCGACUGCCAGUGUUCUCCAAUCUGUGAUCACGCUUCCGGUGUCGGAAAUAACAUCGACCUACCUAGCAAUAGCGCGGCUAUGACUACUCCAGCUACUAGCAUUACUACUACUACUACUAACACCGGCAUUGUGGGCGGUGGCGGAAGCUCAUCCAUACAUGGCCUUACUGCGCCUUCGUCAUUAGCUUUAAGACGACCCAGUGCUAACAUAAAUCCCAGUUCUAGUUCUAUUCCAAUGAGCGAAACGGGUUCGCUGGAUCGAAUGAAGUCGGCGGCCGAGCGAAGGAAGAAGGGUGCCCUGGAAAGCGACAGCGGGACGGUGCCAACCGCUUCCGGUCGGGUGGAAGGAACCCGCGUCAACACCGGACUGAUCAUCGACGAGUUGCUGAAAAACACCAAGCUGGACCAUCUGGAGGAAUCAGAAACCCCCGCCGGUCUUGCGCUAUACAUCAGCAGUGACGGAACGACAACGCUCGGUAGUCACGAAGUCAAAUCGCGAAUGCCAGCCGGAGCCUACAAACAGGUCGUGAUGGAAAAUCCAAGAUAGUAGUAGCAGCUGUAAUAAGUGGUCCAGCGUUUGCUACUACUCUGUGCUUUCUUUUUCCAACUCGCAUUCGACACGCACACACACCCAAACAUCGACACAGAUUGUCAGCUGCAAUAUCGUUCCCUUUCCCAACUUCCUUGGCGGGCCAGCUUCCGCCGUGCUGUGCGUACAACCCAUGCUUCCCAGCUGUAAUUCUUAGUGAACGUUAUGAGAUACAACAACAAACAUAAGCAAAGUAUAAAUAAAAUAGCUGGAACUUUAGUCUACCAGUUCGCUAUCCUGGGCUAUUGGUCUUUCGCGGGAAUAGGCUGCUGUGGUCUUCUAUAUUAUUUUUGUUUAAGCAUAGAAGUGGAGGUACGGGAAAACGUAUUAUGCGAACUUUGAAACCUAUAUCUAGGCAUUAUUUAUUGACCUUUUCUGUUUCUUUAAGAAAUGCUAAAAGUGUAUUCGAAGCGAAAGUAUUUAGCCUUGAAUUGCUAAACAAUAGACAAGCUGUGAAGAUUAGUAUGCUAAGCAAUACACGUUUUAAGUGAGUCAUUUGUGAAUAGUUAUCAAAGAGAGACGAACAUAUUUCAUCGAUGGUUUUCUUUUCGAGAUUUUGUUUUUUUAUUAUAUUUUAUUUUUCAAUUUUAAUGAGUUAGUUAUUUCUGCUAAUUUCUAAAGCUGAUAAAAUUUGUGCAAGGUUCGGUCAAACUGUCUGUCACACGAAAUGAAAUUUUCUGUCAACGUUGAUUGUGUACAUAAACUGUAUUUAAUAAAGCUAAUUUUAAACCAGCUUAGUUAAGGCCAAUUAAUUGUUGUGAUUUUUAAAAAUAACUAGAUAUGAAACGAGAUGAUCAUAUCACAAAACAAUAAUUAGACAACAGAGGUAAAAAAUUACUGUAUAUUCGCAAUGUUUUGAUGAAUCAUGACAUGGUUUUACCAUAAAAGUGUAGUAUAUUUUUAAAGUGUGAAGAAGUGGCAUAGCGCUGAAAUUUCGUCAUUUUCCAGGAAAAAAUAGUAAAUAUGUAAAUUCAACGAGGAUAAAAAUCAAAAUUUACGAAACACUAGACUCAAAGCAGUACACUCGUUUGAGUAGAUUUUGUUGACAUAAAGUACACACACCAUGAGAAUCAGUGAAAUAAAAUCAAUAAAACAAAAUUACAUGUAUCACAGCUAUUAAACACAAACAAUAAAUUUAGGAACAUGAGGCUCAAUUCAAAACCAGUUCAA